AUUAAAUUACAUUCUGUAUUUUAACAAAAAGAAGUUGUUUGACAGGAAAGAAAAAGAUCAUCAUUUUGAGAAAUGAACCUUUUCAUGAGAGUAUAUGUUCAUUAUUGACUAGACUCAUGUUCGCUUAAGAUGCUGGAACAUAAGCAAAAACAAAGUAUUUUUGUUGAAUAAAACAACAAAUGUUAAGUGAAUGACGCAAAGCCAGGAAAACACGCUCGAAUGUUGAACUUUUGGCUUUUAAGAUUAUUUGUUAUUUUCGACUCAAGAAGGAUUACUAGUGCGUGGGUUAAUGGCUGAUGUACAACAUCGAGUAGAACGAUUCCAGAAGUAUACUCUGGCGACCGUUUACUGCUAGUACGUCCAAAAGUGACACGAUGGCUAACAAAACGAAUCUCUCGACUUCAGCGCAUAAUCUGAAAGAAGAUAAUGGUUUGUCGUUUAUUGCUUUGUCGACCUCAUGGGCUGUGCUUGGGCUUAUUUCAGCAACAUUAAAUCUUCUGGUGUGCUUUGCCGUGUAUAGAAUCAAGAAACUUCGUACUAUAACCAAUUACUUUAUAGUGAGCUUAUCUGCUGCGGACCUGCUCGUUGGAAUCGUGUUCACACCUACAUAUAUUAUCGAUCACUAUGCCAAAACCAUUAUAGCAGGAUAUCUCAUUGCUUUCAUCCUAUUUGCAUCUAUUUUUAACCUGGCUGCAGUGACGUUUGAACGAUUUAUAGCAUUAACCCGUCCAUUUCAGUACCGUUCGCUAAUGAACACAAGACAUGUUGGUAUUAUAAUAAGUAUAGCAUGGAUAUCACCUCUAAUAAUUUGUCUGUUACCACUAGCUUGGAACACUGAUAACACAGCAACUAUCCAUGCCGUAUACAAAGUGAUACUGGUCGUCUUAAUCCUACUGCCUAUUCUCGUCAUGAUUUGUAUUUACGCAAAACUACUAGGUGUAGUGAGAAGUUUUAUUCUCAGAAACAAAAGCAGAGCCAGUGCUGGCAAUAAGACUGGGAACAGAGUAGGAAGAGAAGAAAAGGCUGCUCAAGUGUUCGCAUCUGUUUUUGGUACAUUUUUGAUAUGCUGGGGUCCCAUUAUCUACAUCAACAUCUGUGAAGUAGCUGAUGCUGGUCGUACGUUUGUACCUGAAGAACUUAUUUACGUCUCAUUCUACACUCUACAGUUCAACUCUAUCGUGGAUCCCAUCAUCUACGCAUUCUUCAAAAGGGAUUUUAUCAAAGCCCGUAGUCAAAGACAUUAUUGCUGUUGCGGAGUAGAAAAACAAGAAGAUAUAUCGUCUGAAGUGAUCUUACAGCGAGUUUCUUCCCAUAGAAACAGCCUGGUUUCACGCAAUACCAAACCUUGUAAAUAACCGUUAUCACAACGAGUACGCAAACUACUGACACCUUGUAAUUAAUGAUUAUACAUCUAAAUAUCCUAGAAACAUGUAAUCCCCGAGGCUAAGAACAAUUCUACACCAUGUACUUACAGCUACUAGAUGGGCGUUGGCUCGAUGACCGCAAAGGAUCAUCAUUAUACACUAAUCCACCUCUCUUUAGAAGCGGCCAGCAAUAAGGUUCUAUAACUUAAGGUCCCACACACUCAAAAUAUAUUCGUUCUCAGUACUGACCUUGAGAACAGAGAACAAGCAUUAUAUACAUGUGGAAAUAAUAGCUAUUAGUGGUUUUCACGAGAAAGCGUACCAAGGAAUAUAAUAAAUCGUAAUAGAACACUAGGGACGAUUUCAAUACCAAAGAGUUAUUGAUGAUAUAAAAAUACGUUUAAAAUUAUCCAUUAAGCUCUAAACAACAAGUUAUGAUUAAGGCAUUUUCAUAUUCUUAUGA